AUGGAGCAAGUUGAGAGACAGAAACGGCGGGUGGAUGAUGCUGUCCACGAAUUGGCGUUCGAUCUCAUUGGCAGGAAAGAGAGGAGACAGACAUUGUCCACUAUUCCAGAGCCGGGUCUUAGGGAUUCCAGUCAGGAGCAAGAUGGGUAUAGGGACCGGAGGGACCAAAUCCAGCGUGAGCUGGACGCAUCUACGAUCAGUGAUCGAAGUAGUCCUGAGAUCGACCCUGACCAUGAAAGCCGUAAGCGAGCGCGUGAACAAAGGCAACGUGAGAGGAUCCAUCGCGAGCAGCAUCCAGAUCUACAGCAAAAUAAAACUGAGCGAAGUACCGCCGCUACUGCUUCAAGCCUAGCCAGAGUAGAUCACACAGAAGGUGACUCUGGCGAGCCAUCGCAGGAAGACGAGGUCCAAACUCAAGCAGUACAGCCCGAUGCGUCCCUACCUCGUUCUCCCCACCCGCUUGCAUCAGAGAUACCACACUCAUUGUCAUCGUCAACCACGCCCAAGAUUUUGGGCUUUACAGAUACAUCUAUGGGCGAUGCAACCGGGGAGAGUGCGCUCGCAGGCCGCGCCUCGGUGGCCACAAGCAAGACCCAGCAAGUCACCGAUAACAAUGUACUGAGCGAGGCACCACAGGAAAUCACAGAGGACGAUCCGAUGUCAGCAGUCGAUAAACGUACAGGGGAUGCAUGCGAAUCGGUGAGCAGUCUCACCGAUAGCCACACAGCCACUUUGUCAUACGCAGUAAGCGGUCAAAAUUCGACCUUGCCUACUUCGCUUGAUCUAAUCAACCAGCCCUGUAGACCUGAUGAGCAGCGAACAGGCAUACGCAUUGCCGCUAGUGUUGCUGAUCCUGGUCUUGAUGCCGAAACGAGUGCCAAGCUUACGUCCUUAUUUGUGGACGAUUUUCUAGCCAACCUACGUAGUACACCCGGCUUAAUACGAGAGCUUGCAGAGUCGGCACACAACGCUGCUAACUUGAUCCGCGAGUAUGCCCGACUAAAAGCGACGGCUGCCUCGACAUCAGUUGAAGAAAUUGCUGCUAGCGUCGUACGAUAUAGGAGACAUGAUAUCGCUGCAAACAUCAAAUCUAUCGCCACCACCUUGCCAAGCCAAGACGGCGUCCUCAGCCUUGCGGACAAGCUUGCCCUCCUAUGGGCCAAAGAUCGACCAGAUCGACCAGAUGAUUUUGAAUAUCUUGCCGCAGACGAUGACUUAGACGACAUCUUGCCUGAGCUCCUUCGUGAGCAAGACGUACGAGAAGCGCUGACGUUCCUGUUCGCAAGCGAAGAGUACCAAUGGCUACUGGAACGGAUGAAGCUGGAGACCAUGAUGUCAACUACCCAGUCCACAUAUACACUCGUACGUGAGAGACUGAUUGAUGUACAGGCCAAUGCGUCAACCACGACACUCCAAUUGGACUGGUCACCAAGGAUGUUCAUUGAUCAGCAAUUUGGAGAAUCCACUGAAAUAGGAUCUACUAUCUGCUUGGUCGGAGAUGAGAGCAGUGCAUAUGCAACUACGUGCCGUGGCUACAUAGACCUAAUGUGGCCGCAAAUCGGGCCUUAUGUACUUGACCUGAUGGCUACGGCCAUCACAGGCGGGCAAGACGAUUUCAGUGACACAAUCGGCGGUGCUCAUGCUUUCAGCGUCUCUUUCGGCCAUGGAAGCACUGUCGUCAAUAUUGCUGGUCCAGCAGUGUUGCGCCUCGAAGCUUCGGAGGUCCUCGUGUGGCUCGCUGCUGCCUGUCAAUCGUCGUCUAGCGAGACGAUGUUAUCCACCUGUAUGCCAACGAUACAGAAGGCGAGUGGAAACGUCAGUAAUGUUGCCUACGCCCUGUCACCUCUCUUUGAUCCUGCAGAGACCAUCGGCUUGUGCUGGCUUAGAAUGUUUGGCAAUCCUGUUAUGGUAUUGGGAUAUCCCAUACCGCGACGAUCCGCUGUUGAAGUUGGCCUUGAGGUACCUCUCGCCAUGAUGGCUGAGCUUGGACAGGCCGUGGACGUGGUCAACUUCUCAAAUACGACCAUCAUCAAAGGGUUCGCGUCUCUAUUCGUACCAACAAUUUCGACGGCGACAUCAGUUGUGUGGCAUUUCAUGUUGUCUCCAGAUGGUAGUCGCGUUUCCUAUAAUACGGGGGCGGACGCCACUGGAAUAUCAAAGCACUUGGAGCCGGAGCAACUGCAAACAGCAAGACACUUCGUGGGAUGGACGGCAACAGCAGAUCAGCUUACAGUCCUGCUCUACAUCUGCAGCAGCUGGCUUUACAAACACAAGCAACGUCUGCAACUAGAAGUCAUGGCAAACCAGGAGGAUGAAAACGAAUCCACAAAAGAAGCAGAAGGUGUCAUUGGCGCUAUCGAUCACUUCCGGCACCCUCUCACCCUUGAGGGAAAGGCAUCAGCUAUCUCCGCAUUAUACAAUAGAACGAACCGCAAUCUGAAGCUGUCGAAGACGGUAGAGAGUAAGAUUGAGGUGGUCAAUGGUCAAUCAUCCCAGAAAGAUACGACGACUUGGACCACUUGGCAAUCAAAUGUUGAAGAGAAGUUCUCUAGUCUUGAAAUCGUCUUUGACCAUAUCGUGAGAAGCCGAUUGUCUCAGACAACCAGAGAUGUGAAGAUGCCUUUCCGCAGUGGCACUUUCGAAGGGUACGAGUUCAACGAUGUCGUAUCUGGUACCUCGACUCUGCAACCUCACGAAGUCUCUCUUCUCCCAAAUGCGGAUGACUGGCUCAAAUGGUGCUGUCAAGGUCAAAUCAUACCUCUGAUGGGUUCAGACUUUGGUGAGCUCGUUCGACCGACAAAUCCACCUCCAGGAGCACAUAAUCAGUCGUGCGGAAAGUACGCGCUCUGCCCAACCAAUCUUGACUACCUCGCCGCACCCGUCUCCAUCCUGAGAUCGCUGAAUGACAGGAUAAGCUCGCCUACAGACGGUAGCAUCAUGCUUGACCAAUCGUGCGUUUGGAGACGUCCGGUGUCUUCAUUUCGCCCCUGCCGAUGCAAAUGCGAUGGAAUAUGCGAAGUCGAUGUCACCAAGCUAAACGAUAGAUCACAGCGAUCAAAGAAGCAUACAUCGGCUGACGAUCCUGACAUGAUCUGGACCGAGUAUGGUCGAGGCGCUGUGAUAUUUGGCAGCAUUCGUAAUCGGCUUACGAAGAUGCACGACGACCUCGACGGCCAACUAGCUGUGCCUACACCGCCUAAGCUACGAAGGUCGAAAGCCACCAUCUCUGAUAGUGGCAUCGAUGUGGGUUCCUCAAGCAGUUUGGGGAGCUCUGAUCCAUCUGGCACAAAGAGUCCGCAGACAUCAGAGAGCGGACUCAGCCUCGAGACCCACAGUAGCUCGAGCUCCCAUCAGUAUCAGCAAAGGCAGCAGACCGCAACGAUGCAAGAGCGGUCGUCACAAACUCCGGUACACUACACGCCAGGACUGAAGUCACCGCGGACUGGAGGUCAAGCACACGGAGGAGCCGAAAAACGGUAG